AUGGGUGCAAAAUGUUUAGUUUUUCUGUUGUUUACAAUAGCAUAUUCCAAAAAUAAUAACCUAGACAUCACUUCUCUUCAUAUUCAAUCUGAUAUCAGAUAUAGGUUUGCUACAACUCUCGUUACCAGUACUGUGGCAAAUAGCGAUAACAAGUCGGUAGAGGCUAAAUUCGAUGUCACUCUUCCUGAUGCAGCAUUCAUCACCGAGUUUGUCAUGGAGAUAGAUGGUCAACUAUAUUCAGGAGUAAUCAAUGAAAAAAAGAGAGCAAAGAAAAAGUACGAAACAACAAAGAAAAAGGGACAAACAGCUGGAAUCGUUUCACAAAAACCUAGGCACGCCAACCGGUUUAGUGUUGAUGUUAACGUUGCAGCCGAGAGUUCAGUAACAUUCAACCUGACUUACCAAGAAUUGCUAGAACGAGUAUACGGGGAAUAUGAGCAUAUCAUAUAUAUUGACCCCGGUCAGAUAGUAGAAGAUUUUACGAUAGACGUCGCUAUACACGAGUCAAGGGAUAUUACUGAAGUCUCUGUGCCACCAAUAAGAAAUGACAUACUUUCUGACAGUGAUGAAGGCCAGAAUGCUUUGGUGACAAUAAAUAGGCCAACAACAAAAUCAGCAGUGAUUCACUAUGCACCUACUACUGAUGACCAAAAACAGCAAUCCGACCAAGGAAUAUCCGGGCUCUUUGUGAUUGAAUAUGACGUUGAAAGAAACUUUGAUGUCGGAGAGGUCUUGGUUGUCGAUGGAUACUUUGUCCACUUCUUUGCUCCGACUGGUAUAAAACCAAUUCCUAAAGACAUUGUGUUCAUUCUUGACGUAAGUGGCUCAAUGUAUGGAGUGAAAAUGCAACAGCAACGUGAUGUCUUGGAAAACAUAUUGCAAGACUUAAAUGAAGGAGACAGAUUUACUAUCAUUGUAUUCAGUGCAAUUACAACAAUUUGGCAGAAGUCUCUGGUUUCUGUAAAUAGCAAUACAAUACAGAAGGCAAGAGAGUUUAGUCAAAAGAUGGAGGCAUAUUUUGAUGACAUGGGAACAAGAAUUAACGAUCCCUUGGAGAAAGGAAUACAACUUCUAAAUGGGGUAACCGGCUUUAGGAAUUGGAGCAAAGAACGCUACAGUCAACGUAUCAAAUUGAUUGUAUUUAUGACCGAUGGAAUAGGAAAAACAAUGCCCAAUAUAAUUCUGAAAAAUGUGAAAACAUAUAACACCAAGGGGAUUAAAAUUUUCAGUCUUGCAUUUGGUGAUGAUGCUGAUUUUACUUUCAUCAAGAAGCUUGCUGUUCAGAACAAAGGAAUUGCCCGAAGAAUUUUUGAAGAUUCAGAUUCUUCUUUGCAGAUAAAAGGGUUUUAUGAUGAAAUAUCGUCUGCGACGUUACAAAAUUUGAAAUUUCAAUAUCUUGGAAAAGACGCUGAAGUUGUUGAAAAUGUUACAAGGCUGAAUUUUGAUACGUUUUUCGAUGGAAAAGAAAUAAUUGUUGCUGGUAAAAUGUUCGAUGGUGAUGUCAAUGAAGUGGAAUUGGUUGUAACUGGGGACGGUUCUGACGGACAUAUAGAACUGUCUCUUGAUUCAGAUGUAAAAAAAGGUGUUCCAGAACUGACAAAACCUGAGGAUUUCCACAAAAUUACAGAGAGAAUAUGGGCAUAUUUAACAAUAAAACAACUGUUGGAGUCUGCUACAGAAGUUAACAAUGCUGAAGAAAAAAACCAAUUGAAUCGAAGAGCUUUAGAUCUUUCUCUUAAGUAUAAGUUUGUUACACCCUUGACAUCCAUGGUAGUUACAAAACCAGAUGAAAAAGAUGUCGAAUCAUUCGAAGAGAAUAAAGAUGCUCAACUUGAACCAUCUUCUAGAGGCCCGUCGGGACGAAGUUACAGUGGAGGAGCUGGCGGAGAUCCACAUUUUAUGGUUCGCAUGAAGGGUUUAGAGUUGCCAGUUUGCUUUAACAUUAAAGUAAAGGAUGGUGAAAUCCUCCAGUUGUUGAAGGACCCAGUGUCAGGUGUCACCAUCAAUGCUGGAGUUGUGGAAUCGACUGCUAGAAAUGAACACGGAGACUUAAAAACAUUCUUCGGGGAACUUGUUUUUCAUUCACCAUCUGUGAAAAUAUUGGUAAAACCUAGUAGCAUUUAUUUCAAUGGAGCAUCCCAAUCAUGGGAUGACAAAAACAUUUUCCAAAUAGACAAUGUUUCUAUCAUCGUGAAGUAUGUUGGUCGCCAUGACAGAACUAUGACGAUUGACUUUGGAAAUGACAUCAUCGUUACCAUCAGACGACAUAUGAAACAGGAUACAACCAUGGCAAUGAGUUACUUAAACAUCUUUAUAGAAAAAGAGACAGGGAUAUCUCAGUUUGCAUCAGGGGUUCUUGGAGAACUUGUACAUAAAUCAACAAAGCUGGUCAAGAUUACAUUGGAUAAGCAAGGUAAUGAACAUGGUCAUUUCUUAGAAGUUGGAGAUGGUCGUACACAUCGUUUCUAUACGAAUUUGAAACAGAAACAAAACGCUAUUACUGGAGAGGAUACGACAUGCUGGAAUGUUCCCAAGCCUAUGGAAGGCCUGUUUGAGGAAAAUAUUUCAAAGUAUAUUGUACCUAAUAUUCAUGCUUGAAAGCGAUUAGGUCUAUUCAUAUGUAUACAA